UGCCGAUCUUGCUUGUGCCGAUGCUAAUAAUAAAUUCGGAAAUCGUCUGGGCACAUUCAGCCCGCUUGGUCGCGAGUUGAAGGAGCUAGCCUACAGGACAAGAUGACAGUGACUCAAGCACCUGCACAGAGCUCGACAAUGUCGAUGAACGCGCCCGUAGAGGUCGGCGCGAUGUCAAAAGCGCCUGCGACGCCUGAGCAGCCCCAGACAAUCGCCGAGGCUAUCAGGGGUGGUGGUCAUUACUUGCUCGACUGCAUAGGCGGUCUCUGGUGAGCAGCGCAGCAUUCAGCUCAUGAGCUUUGCUGUGAGCAGCGCGAGAAGAUGGGCUGAUGUGGAUGCGAUGCAGCAUCUGCUGCGCUCUGGAAGACAUCUGCUGCUGCUGCGCAAUCGACGAAUGCUGCCACCUCGUCGCCCCAUGCUGCGAAUGUGAGUCGCUGUGUGGCGUGAUGUGGCACAUGGCCAGGCUGACGACGAGCGCGCAGACGAGGAUUAGACGCGAAAGCGCACGGUCAAAGCGAUAGAUCGCAGCAAUGUGGCCUUCUUGGAUGAUAGUCGGGUAUGCAACCGUCGUGGAAAGUCAUGAGCGAUCAGAUCGGCAUGUGCGGUAUGUGUUUGGGCCACCAUGACCAUCUCAAAAGUGGGUUAUCACGCCGAGCUUGGGUGUUCAAAUUAGAGCUCUUUCCGGCCAGC